UGUGUGUGUUAAUGAUGGCCCCUCCCUAAGACCAAAUAGAAAAUGAGAAAUGAGAACGAAACAGAUGUAAACACACAGCCCUGUGGUAUUUGCAUUAGAGUCUCUAUGGAGAACUGAACAGAAACAUUCAUCUGUGCAUAUGGAGCAUUGAAUUAAUUCGUGGCAUCUGGUUUUCAGCUGUGCGUUCAUUUGAAUAGAUCGAACCAGCCGGGUAAACGACAACCGGAAGAGUGUUUCAGGCUGCAGUAUGUUCUCCUCACUGAAGCCCUAUGAAGGACAGCAGUUUUCAGCCCUGAGGAAGCAGUGCCGGCAGAACAAAAGUCUGUUUGAAGACCCCCUCUUCCCUCCCGUGGACCAGUCGCUUUUCUACAAAGGGAACCGCAUCGGAAAGGUCACAUGGAAGAGACCAAAGGAACUGUGUGAAGACCCUCACUUGUUUGUAAAUGGAAUUAGUGCCCAUGACUUGCACCAGGGGCAGCUGGGUAACUGCUGGUUUGUGGCAGCGAGUUCCAGUCUCGCCUCCAGAGAAGCUCUAUGGCAGAAAGUUAUCCCAAAUUGGAAAGAUCAGGAAUGGGACAAGGAGAAACCGGAAAACUAUGCCGGAAUCUUUCACUUUCGGUUUUGGCGUUUUGGAGAGUGGAUAGAUGUUGUUAUUGAUGACCGUUUGCCAACCGCCAACGGGCAGCUUAUCUACUGCCACUCAAAUGACAGUAAUGAGUUCUGGAGUGCCCUGGUGGAAAAAGCCUAUGCCAAAAUGUAUGGCUGUUAUGAGGCUUUGGAUGGUGGCAACACAGCCGACGCUCUCGUGGAUUUCACUGGAGGUGUAACAGAACCCAUGGAUUUGCUUGAAGGCAAGUUCAAUCAGGAAGAGGAAGCUCGAAAUCAGCUCUUUGAGCGGGUUCUAAAGGUCCACAACAGAGGAGGCCUGAUCAGCUGCUCCAUUCGAGCAACUAAUCAGGCAGACAUGGAGGCCCGGUUGGACUGCGGUCUGGUCAAAGGUCACGCUUACGCUGUAACAGAUGUACGGAAGGUGCGAUUGGGCACCGGUCUGCUGGCGUUCUUCAAAUCCGAGAAGCUGUCCAUGAUCCGCAUGCGAAACCCGUGGGGUCAGAAAGAGUGGAAUGGAGCUUGGAGCGACAGCUCAGAGGAGUGGAAGAGAGUCAGUAAGAGUGAGCGAGAGAGGUUGGGUGUGACCGUGGAGGAUGAUGGGGAGUUUUGGAUGGAUUUUGAGGAUUUCUGUAAGUACUACACAGAUCUGAUUUUGUGCCGCUUGAUUAAUACAUCAUACCUGAGCAUCCACAAGACCUGGGAAGAGGCUGUGAUGCGGAGCUCCUGGAGUCACCAUGACGACCCUUUAAGGAACCGAUCGGGAGGCUGCAUCAACCACAAAGCUACCUUCCUCCAAAACCCACAGUAUGUGUUUGACGUGAAGAAGGCAGAGGACGAAGUUUUGAUUUGUCUACAACAGCAGGACGGAAGAGCUCAACCUAAAGAAGGCAAAGGAGAAAACUUGGCCAUCGGCUUUGACAUCCAAAGAGUUGAGCUCAACAGAACGUACCGUAUGCACGUCAUUCAGAAGACGGUGGGCAGCUCCGUCUACAUUAACUCUCGCAGCGUGUUUGUGCGGAAAGACCUGAAGGAGGGUCGUUAUGUCAUCAUUCCCACAACCUUUGACCCCGGCCUACAGGGAGACUUCCUGUUACGGGUCUUCACAGAUGUACUUUCAGACUGCAAGGAGCUGACUCUAGAUGAACCGCCCCAGACAUGUUGGACGGGGUGCUGUGGAUAUCCAAAACUGGUCACACAGGUGCACAUCCACAGAGCCGAUGGACUCAAGCCCCAGGACUCAGAUGGAUCGUCUGACCCUUAUGUUAUCAUCAGCUGUGAAGGAGAGAAGGUUCGUUCUCCAGUGCACAAAGAUACGCAGAGUCCAGACUUUGACUUGAAAGCUGUUUUCUACAGGAAGAAACCGAAAGAGCCGAUCCGCAUUCAGAUCUACAACAAGAACAUUCUGAAGGACUCAUUCAUGGGUCAGGUGACCAUGAGCGGCGACCUCUCUGACCUGCAGCAGCUUCACACCGUUCACCUGAGGGACAAAGGAAAUCGUCAGAGCAACGACCUCCCGGGCUUCCUGUCGGUGAGCCUCGUCACCAGUGACGUCCUAACGAACAUCUGACAUCAAUCGGGAUUGGGCUGUCAUGGUAACUGGAGCCAUGAUGAUAACCAUAUUACAGUGAUCACAGUGGUUUGUCAACCGUUCUUGCACCUUUUAGGCACUUGAUCUGGUGUUUAUACAUCCUUUUAUUCCUCAUUUGGUCUGUCCUUUGAGAAUGUUUCUGUCUGCCAAAUCGGAAGCAAAAUCGACUUGUUUUCAAGGUUUUUGCAAUUUAAAGCUGGUAUAUUCUGGUAUUGUUGCCUUUCUAUUGUUUUGUCUUGGGAAAUAUACAUUUAAAAAUAUCAGUAUGUUAUACAGUAUGCAUAUAUCAGAAUAUGAAAUCACUUACAGUAUAUAUCUAAUACCACUAUCCACUGUUAGUUCAGAUACUGUAUUUAGUUUGAUUUCUGCGGUUGUACUUUAACCUUCAAUUUGCCAAACAAUCAGUCUUUUUCGUUUCAUCUUUGUUUACACUAAAUGUUUGUUUGUGGAUGAAUUUUUUAAAUAUAUUUUUUCAAAUAUUUGCCAUAAUAGUUACAUCAUGUUAUGUUGCUUUUACAUUCCAGGGGCAAGCGUUAAUAUGAAAAAUUUAAAGAUAACGAAAGACAUCAGGGUAUAUAUCAUGAUUUUUGUCUGUUCCAAAUUAAACAACUGCUUUCGUUUGGUUUUUUUUUUUUCUUCCAAGAAUUCAUGG